AUGGAUCGAUUUUUGUGUCACGUUUGUGAAUUUCAAAAUGAGCACACACCCCAAGAAUUUCAAUCUCUCAUGAUUGAAAAUAUAUCACAACGUGUUCAGAAAGGAAUUGAUUUAUUACUAGUCAAUAUUGUUAAAUUAAUGAAAUCAUCCAAAUUAUCAUUCUCCGACAAAUCAAGAGGAUCUUUGAAUUCUCAUCAUCAUCACACAAAUUAUUUUCUAAAUUAUUGGAUUCAUGAAAAUACCUUUCAAUCCAGAGACUUGUUAAUCUCAAAAAUAUGUUCCUAUAUUUCAAAUUCACUCAUUGAAAACAAUGAUGAAUCAUUUCAAUACAUGAUCAUCAAAACGGACGAUCAACACUCAUCCAGUGAAUUAUUAAAAGAAUUUUGUGAAUUGAAUUCAACAAGUGAUCCCAUGAAUCAUCAUCACAAUGAAUAUUUUCAAUUAUUGAACAAAUUAUUUGAACAUGCCAUUGACAAUCAUGCACCCAAUUGGAUGGAUCAACAACCAUUAGCCACCACUAGUGCUAGAAGUGCUAGUACUACUGCCACAACAACAACCACACACCACACAACACCCUCAUUCUAUCUCAACACACCACCAACAUUCUAUCUCAACACACCACCAACACCACCCUCAUUCCAUUCUCUUUUCCAUUUAUCAAAAAUUUAUUUGCAUUCGAAAUGA